UUGAGGAGGGAGGCGCAGCAGCAGCCCGCGGUGUAAACAGUCAAGUGUCAAGUGGUGCGUGGGGUAGGCGCGUGCCAACACCUCCGGGGCGCCCUUAAUGAAAUGAGUUCACGGUGUUAGUGCUGGCGGGGUCCACUAAUGGAGAUGGAGGAGACCAUAGUGGAGGAGUGGCUCAGGUCCCUCCAGCUGGAGCAGUACGCCGAUUCUUUCAUCGACAACGGCUACGAUGACCUGGAGAUCUGCAAACAGAUCGGUGCCCCCGACCUGGACGCCAUCGGUGUGGUGAACCCGGGGCACAGGACCUCCCUGCUCAAUGCUGUGCUGCUGCUGCGGGAGGAGGGCGCCGCCUCUGUCUACUUCACGGUGGAGGAGGCUCAGUUGGCCUCCCGCGACCACUCCUCCCUGCGUAACUCCAGUGGGUCGCGGGGCCGUUCCUCCCGCUCCUCUCGGGGCUCAGGCUCCACCGCCUCCACUCCGGGUGACCCUCCCGUCCCCGUCACGCUGCCCGUGGCUUCCUCCAACACCCCUGCCAGGUAUCUGGACGCCUAUGAGGCCGGGCGGGCAGAGCUUGUCCGUUUGCCACACACGCAGUUGAGCGGUCUGCUGAAGGAGAGGCUGGUGCAGGACGCCGUGGACCUGGCGGCGCAUCCCUACACCACACAGGACGGGCAGCGCGGGGUACUGGAGGGUCUGGCGUCGCGUUAUGCAGACCAAUUCAGCACUCACUACCAAGAUGUCUUCGACCACCUGGACCACCUGCGCCUGGACGCCUGGAACCAGCUGAUUAAACGUGUCAAGAACCCUGAACCCCCUGCCCCAGCCUCCCCGCCCCCCGACCCCGGCUCCCCCAAGCACCGGGAGGAGGGUGAGGGGGGUGGUGCUGGCUCCCCUCCCCUGCAGCCACGCCCCCCAGGUUCCUCCCACGCCUCGUCCCACUCCUCGUCUCCCGAUCACCGGUACUACGAUGAUCACCCGAUUUACGUGCCUGGCCGCUACAACCCGUCCAGUUGUCUCUCGGACGCGGAGGAGGAUCAGAUAUACGGGUACCCAGGGGGCUUCCGAGGCCCGGCGCACCGCCCCCCGACCCUCGCACACAGCAACCACGCCUUCGUCCACGACACCCACGGGUGUCUGAAUCCUCGCUCUACUCUUAUCUACGAGCUGCCGCCUGUAGGAGACGUGAGUCGGGGAGCUAAUGGCAAGAAGCGUUUGGGCAUUGGCAAGUUCCUGAAGACUUUGAAGCGAGACCUGAAGCGAUCCUCCGGUACCUCCAAGAACAACAAGAACAAGCUAACCCACAACCUCAACAACCUUCCCAGGAGCUACGGUGAGGGAGGGCUGGCCACCACGCCCCUGGUCAUGCUCCCCGGGUACUCCUCCCCCGCCUCCUCCCGCGGAUCCCACUCCAGCCACUCCCACUCCAGCCAUUCCCACUCCAGCUCCCACUCCACCAACGCCGCCUUCGUGUCGGCCUCGGCCCCGGGCACCCCAGGGUCAUCAGGCCCCAUCAGGGACUCCGGCCUCCAGGAGGCCAUAGAGCGGCUGAAGGAACAGGAGAUGCAACGGCGACGGGAGGAGCAGUUCCGGGAACACGAACAGAUCCUUCGAGACCUUCGUCAGGGCCUUCUGCGUACCGAGAGGCCCCUGAGGGAAACCGCCAUCUUCUACACCAAAGGCACGCCCUACCAAGAUGACACCUACAUGUACGACGAUGACGUGGGCGAGGCGGGGGCCGGCGCGGGCGUGGGCGUGCUGGGUCCCCCCCACCAUUGGUACGACGAACCGCCCUACGAGUCCGACCCUGAAGACUUCCUCAUCGGCAAGGACGCGUACAGCGUACUGCCCCUCCCACCUCCCAGGGAGCCCUACGGCGGUGGCCUGCGCGUGGUGGUGACGGAGGAGGACAUCAUCUCCCUCAGAACGGCGGGGGACAUCUCCGUGCCUCGGGACGUGGCCAAAGUCGCCCACACCCAGUGGUCUGCGGGGGGCGUCGCCGCCUAUCCCAGCCGCGCCGUGCCCUCCCACAGGGCGGAGCCCUCCUACCAGGCGAGCGACGCCUUCCCUGUCCCUGUCUACGACAACGUGCGGCUGGUGAGCGUGGGCGGCGGGCGUCCAGUGGGGCGGGGUAGCCGGCGCUCCGAGCCUGACUACCACAACAUGGAAGGCACGGCCAGGGGAGGCCUACGCCGCCCCCGCCGCCCACUGCUUCGAGAGGGCGGCCACCACGAGGACUUGGCGGCCGCCGAUGUGCACAGCGUCACCUCCAGGCUGUCUGGGGUGUCCGUGGAGACCAACCGAUCAGACCCCACGGAGCUGCGGCUCUCCAAGUACCUGAGUCGCAGCAGCAUGAGCGGCGGCAGCGAGGAUGGUCAUUCUCCCUCACACUCGUCAGACUAUGAAGAGCAGGAGGAGGCGGAGAGGACAGGGUCAGCCUCUCUUGUGGGUCGCAUGCGUGGUCUUCGAAGGGACAUGCAAAAGAAAAUAUCACGCCUGAAGAGUCCCAGAGGCAGCACAUCCAGUUCCCCCGGACCCUUGGGAGCCCUGGACCAGCCCCGGGCCUCCCUCUCAGCCCCGGCAGCCCCCCAUCCUGCUGCAGCCUCCUGUGAGAGCAUUCCUUCAUCAGCCCCUCCAGUCACCGCACCCUCAGGAAGCAACCGCUCCUCCCUUUCCGGGGAAGACACAGAGCCCUACACAGGACCCUUCAUCGGCCGCGCACGGGCUCUGGUUGAUUGUCAACCCUCACCUUAUGACCGAGAUGCACUCAAGUUCAAGAAGGGAGACACCAUUGAGAUCAUUGCCAAAAACCCAUCCGGCUUGUGGAAGGGUUGUGUAGAUGGAAGAGUUGGGCAUUUCAAGUUCAUCCUGGUGGAGGAGGAGGUGGAGCGUCCCGUCCGCAAGAGUCGUGCUGGAAGAGGCACCACACCACGCCGGGGCCGCUCUCGAACCCUGGAGGAGCUGCUCACCCGCCUUCACCUCAGCCACCUCAUUCAGGUAUUUAUGCUUAAUGGAUAUGAAGACCUGGAGCACUUCCGUGACAUGGAGAAGGCUGACCUGGACUGUCUGGGCAUCACUGACCCAGAGACGUGUGCCAAGCUGCUGACAGCCGUGGCUAUGCUCCAUGAUGCUGAUUCUGAGCCUGAGCCAGAGCUCCCAGAGACUCUGGAGACCACUGAGGCAGCCCUGCGACGCGGCGACCAUGGCCGUGACUCUGGUUGCUACACAGACCAUCGCUGUUCCACUCAGCCACCAAGUGUUCUUGAUGAAAAUAAUUUGGACACCCGACAGUCCACCCCUUCCACAGAUACCUCUUCUGGAUACCACUCCCGGGGUCCCUACAACAUUCCUGUGGGAGAAGGUGGCCAAGCCAUGCGAGACGAUGCCCAUGGAUCAGCCCUCGACUCCCCUCCCUCAGAGGCUACUACCACCACCAGUGGUACUGCCACCUUACCUUCCAGCACAUCAGAGUCUCACUCCUACCGUGCCCACCCAGCCACUGUCCUCCCAGCUAGCCCUCACUCUCAGUCCCGCCUUGCCCAGCAUCAAGGAGAUUCCAGGGUGAGGCACGACCCAGAGGUGGACUAUGAAGCCAAGUUUGUGACAGCACGCAGUGUGUUUGAGAAAGAAGUAGUGAGGCGGGAAGUGCCCGUGUCUGUCAGGGGACAGAAGCAUGCCACAGAUCCCCAGCAAGCAGCAGGUGAGGCACAGCAGGCUGAAAGUAGUGAAGCUGGUGGAGGUGGAACAGAGUCCCCUCCUUGAGCAAGCCUGCCAUUUUCAACAGAAGUGGGUUACUCUCCUAGUUCUAGCAUAGGAACAUGAGAAUCACUUUUCAUGUGAUGCCCUUCCUCCUCACUAGAGUUUGGAGUCACUGUACAAGUAAUGUUUUCUUGGGAUCCAGUAAGAUGGUCCCAUCACUCAGAAUACCUCCUCAGUGUUGAACAGUUGAGAAUUAUUUAAGUAUUCCUUAUAUAUUUAAUUUUCUCAGUGUUCCAUAGUGAAGGUUGGUGCAUGUUACAAAAUUGAAAAUGACUGAAAAGCAUUUGAGAAUAUAAAAAUAUGAUAAUAUGAUUAAUGAUGUGAACAACAUUGUAUUUAACUGUGUUGCAUGUCAAAAAGAAAGGGAGAGUGAUUGAAGUGUCAGUGAGUGGACUAAGGAGCGCUGAGGUAGCCAAGCAUGAGCUCCUUUCUCAGAAGUUCCUGAGUUGGGGAGUGGCUGGCUGGAAGGGGAAUGCAGCCAACUUUUAUAGCUUGUCUUUCACCUAUAUCUUAACACAGUUAUAUAUACUACCAUAUCAUUUUAUAUAUAGUGAUAGGAUGAUCCAAAAUGUAACUGAUCCUGUACUUGUUGUGAGGAUUAGCUCUCUUCUCACACCAAGUUGCAACUGUGAAGGUUCUUGUGAGUCAAUCAAAUUCUUCCUCUUAAUAGUUUUAAGAAAAAUUUAAUUUAUGCAAACUUUACUUAAACAUUAUAUGUAAGAUAUACAGUAUUAAUUAACCGAAUCUUAGGAAAUAUGUAACGAGAUCAAAAUUGUGUACGUUAGACUAUUGCCAAGUAGAGUGUAGGAGGAGAAAUGUUUUGGGUGACAGAAUGAGUCAUGUCCUGUGUUUUCCCUUUGUGGCAGCGGGAUCAUCAGUCCUCAGUUGUAAUGUUGCCAAGUUGUGAUACUAAAGAGCCUGUGUUCCAGCAUCACCUGGGGCAGGUGGUGUGGUGUGGCGAGGCUGAGGCUUGCCUCCACAUGUUCACUGUGACGUGUCUGGCUGUGUUAUCUAACGUGUCAACAGUAACUUUCUGAUGCCAAGAUCUAGAACAUAUAACAAUUAACUAUGAACUAAUUUUAGUUAUUAUAUGAUAUACACAUGCUUAUUAUUGCCAAAAUUAUUUUUUUACAUUCACUGGAAUAUGUUUCUAUUUGUUGUAUUUUAUUGUGUACUUGAGAGAUUUGAUGAUAUUUUAGUCUGUUCAGUGUUAUCCUCACCCUGAAAGGGAAGAGGAUUUUAUGUUAUCACAAACUUUUUUUUUUUUUUUUUUUUUUUUAUAACUUGGGCAGUUUAGGUUGGGCCAAGCAGGUUCCUGGUGUUGAUAAUGAUAAAGAUGCGCUUCCCACAUGGUCACAUCAUAUGUUCCUCCAGCUCUUUAUUCCAAAACUUAAGAAGUUUUACUCUUCCAACUUUUGUAUUGUACAGAUAAUAUGUCAUCAUUAUUUGUAUAUAGUAUAUAUUAUAGUUAGAGGCAAAA